ACCAAGACCAGAGUUUUCGCUCUGCCGUUGCUGGUGUGAUCGGCUCGCAACUGGCACUGGUGUUGCUUUAUCCCAUUGACCAGCUGCGGCUGUACGCGCAACUGAACAAUGGGGAAGAGGAGAAGAAGAAGAUUCCAUUUUCCGACUUCUACGCCGGCUUGAUUCCCAUGAUGCAGUCCAGCGCGAUUUCGAACUUCGUGUACUUCUACACGUACGUUUAUUGUAGGAAUUGUGUGAAGAGGAUAACAACAAGCAGCUCCUCGUCUGGGCGGAAUAAUGAAAAAUCGCGGAUCUCUCAACAUCUCUUCGGCGGGAACAAGAUUACAGCACAGAACCUUCUCAAAUCCGUUCCCCCAGCGGUCCGGGACCUGGUCGCGGCGACCAUAGCGGGCGUCGUGAACGUGAUCUUGACUGCGCCUCUGUGGCGAGCGAAUAGUCAGUUCAGAGUGCAGAGGUACUUGGCGGAGGGGAAAGAGAAGAGUGAAAAAGAAGCAGGAGAACACAGUGCUGCUGCAAGUAGGACAGAUAGAGAUACAACCGGGAAGGCAAAGGAAGAUAGCAAGGCCAGCACCAGUGCGUCGCCGUCCUCCCCAAGGUACGAAUUCUACAACGCCAGCCCCAUUCGAACGCAGUCGAUGGAAGAGGACGAUAUUAAGGGACCACGAGGUGGUCAACACGGUCGGCAGACAAAGCAAAGCCAAACAAGCUCCUGCGACAAAACAUCUAGCUUAACUAGUGGCAUCAACAGCAGCUUCAGCUGCAAAAAUGCCAGACACAUCUCCAAGUUUCUGUAUCACGAAUCAACCCGUCUCUUUGUCAAAGUCUACAAAAUCGCACGGACGAACCCGGCCGAUCUCACCGCGGGAGUUUCCGCCAGUUUGCUGCUGGUUCUGAAUCCGGUUUUGCAGUUCGUUCUGUACGACUGGCUGAAAAGGAGAGCGACAACGUUACUGGUGUUUAAUCGGGAGAAAUUGAGUCUCGUGGUAGAGUCCGUGUUUUUCUUCCUCGCACUAAGCCGGAACAAAAGCAAUAAAACCCCCGCGGUUCAUCAGAAUCCUGCCGGAACAUCUUCUUCUAAGGAGCUGUUACCACAAGUGUUACAGCCCCCUUCAACAACAACCUCCCUCCAGGACGACCACGACGAAGAUGACGAUCUGUUCCCCUCCAAACUUCUCCGGUGGUUCGCGGAUGACGGGCGGUUUUUCGUUAUGGGGCUGAUCGUAUGGAUUGCAAAUAUGUCUGGGUCUGGAAGGUUGCAACUUGCCAUGCUAAUUCUGGAUCAUGCAAAAAUCUGUGUUGCAUGAGUGCCAAAAGCUGUCCACUUUUGACCUAACCGAGAUACAGUUUCUCAUGCAGGAUAGGCAUGAUAGAACUCGUCUCACAGAGUCUGUCAUGCUAUGUCAUACAUGACAGACCUCAUGUUGGGUCAUGGAGAAUCUGCAUGACAAGUCUGGCAUGCUGGUGUCCUGGUUGGGCUUUCUAUAUGUGUCGUGAGUAGGAAUUGUUGGCGUUGUUGGUGAAAGUGUGAGGCAAAAAAGUUGGUAUAGUUGGCGAGUUGGUAUAGUGGCCGGGAGAUGAUGGCGAUGGCAUUUCGGUGUCCGCCUGACCCACCUUCCCUGCGUGACAGCCAUCUGCGGCCGUUUGCACAGGAGGAGGCAAAGUGUGCCGCACUUCUGUUUAGCAUGACAAGUCUGGCACUCUUCCAGAGGACCCAGACAUUUUUACAUUUGAUAGAUCGCGAAGGUCAUCGCUACGCUGACGACCUACCCCCUGCAGGUCGUGCAGUCGCGCGUGCGCGUCUUGCAGGGCACGGCGAAAAUGUUAAGGGAGAACAAGGCGGAAGAUGAAACAGAAGGUCAUGGUGGAACAAGCAGUGGCACAACCAGUCCAACAAAAUCUUCAAAACGAACUGCCGCUUCACCACCACCACCUCCAACGUCCGUCACCUCGUGUCUAAUCCAGCUGUACAAAGACCACGGCUUCAAGGCGCUUUAUGCCGGGAUGGACAAGAAGCUACUGCACAGUGCGCUCAAUUCCGCGUUUUUAUUCUUCUUCUACGGUAUCCUGUGCAAAAGUAUCGUACUCGUACUACUACUAAUUGCAUUUAUGCAUUACAAAUCUGUUUCCUAAGGCAAAUCUGCAUUACAAAUUUAAUUUGUAAUGCUGAGCAAAUUUGUAAUGCAAUUUCAAUUAAUACUACUAGUACGAUACUUUUGCAUUUCAUAUACGAAAAAAUAAAACGGAGGUUGCUGGUACAGCACCAGCAGCCGGUCUUGGGAAGUGCCGUGAAGUAGUUCUACUUGUUUGUGAAGAUGAUUUAAAAAUUCAACCAUACGGACCGAAGCAUGAUGCACAUUUUUGUCAAAAAAAAUGCAGAAAAUGCAAUUUCCUCAUCGAUGUUGAUGUCUUCAUGUCGAAUUGGUAAAGACGAUUUUCUUCAUGUCUUGAAAUCAGUGAAUCUCAAAAACAGAUGCACGCGCCGCAACAGUUUGAGAAUAGUGAUUUGAAUCCGAGUGACAGCAGCUGUAUAUUGCGAAGAUCUUCAAGGUUUUAGAAAUGUUGUUUUAAACAUUGCAAACGCAGCUGAAUACCACCACAUCUUCAAUCGACGCAAAUACAAAUGGACGAAAUCCUAGAAAAAUUGCCAGCAUCGUCAUGUUCUCUUCCUUCCUGUUCCGCUCGAAUGCAGAACAAAAUUGCGAUCACAAAGACAAAGAAACGGACGAACGUGAAGAAUUCCAAUUCGAAAGCUCAAG